ACCCACAACAACGCUAGCAGUAGAUCCGACAUUAGAGAAUCAUUCUCCCCUUGACGAUUCCAUAAACUUGAGACCGUGCGCCAUAAUCACCGAUAUCCCUCCCUCCCUCUGUGAAAAUUUCAGGCUUUGUGAUUUGAUCGGAACCCUAGGGUUUUGGUCGAUCUGAACCCUCAGAUCUCGGAAUUCGAAGAGCUCAGAUUCACUCUCCGAUCAUCGCAGAACAAAAAUGCCGUCCGUGUACGGAGCUCGCUUAACCACGUUCGAGGACUCCGAGAAGGAAAGCGAGUACGGCUAUGUCCGCAAGGUUUCGGGGCCAGUCGUCGUCGCAGAUGGCAUGGCCGGGGCUGCUAUGUACGAGCUGGUUCGAGUUGGACACGACAACUUGAUUGGUGAAAUCAUUCGUUUGGAAGGACAUUCUGCCACCAUCCAAGUUUACGAGGAAACAGCUGGGCUGACGGUGAACGAUCCAGUUCUACGAACACACAAGCCUUUAUCAGUGGAGUUAGGACCUGGAAUACUGGGAACUAUUUUCGAUGGAAUUCAGAGGCCUUUGAAAACAAUUGCAAAAAGAUCUGGUGAUGUCUAUAUCCCACGUGGUGUGGCUGUUCCUGCUCUUGACAAAGACACACUCUGGGAAUUUCAGCCUAAAAAAAUAGGUGAAGGAGACCUUCUUACUGGAGGAGACUUGUAUGCUGCCGUCUUUGAGAACAGUCUCAUGCAGCAUCAUGUUGUGCUUCCACCAGAUGCUAUGGGAAAAAUUACUUACAUUGCACCAGCUGGCCAAUAUUCUCUCCAGGAUACUGUCUUGGAGCUGGAGUUUCAAGGAGUUAAAAAGGAAUUUACUAUGCUUCAGACUUGGCCCGUGCGUACACCAAGACCUGUUGCAUCAAAGCUUGCUGCCGAUACCCCUCUACUUACUGGGCAGCGUGUUCUUGAUGCACUAUUCCCCUCGGUGCUUGGUGGGACUUGUGCCAUACCUGGGGCGUUUGGCUGUGGAAAAACAGUCAUUAGUCAAGCACUUUCAAAGUAUUCUAACUCCGAUACAGUCGUUUAUGUUGGUUGUGGAGAACGAGGAAAUGAAAUGGCAGAAGUCCUUAUGGAUUUCCCUCAAUUGACAAUGACAUUGCCUGAUGGUCGUGAAGAGUCUGUCAUGAAGCGUACAACACUCGUAGCUAACACCUCUAACAUGCCUGUGGCUGCUCGUGAGGCUUCAAUUUAUACUGGCAUCACUAUUGCUGAAUACUUCAGAGAUAUGGGCUACAAUGUUAGUAUGAUGGCAGAUUCAACAUCUAGAUGGGCAGAAGCACUGCGUGAGAUUUCAGGACGGCUGGCUGAAAUGCCUGCAGAUAGUGGUUAUCCAGCUUAUCUGGCAGCACGUUUAGCGUCAUUUUAUGAACGUGCUGGUAAAGUAAAAUGUCUCGGUGGCCCAGAACGUACUGGCAGUGUGACAAUUGUUGGUGCCGUAUCUCCCCCAGGAGGAGAUUUCUCAGAUCCCGUAACAUCUGCAACACUCAGUAUUGUCCAGGUCUUCUGGGGUCUGGAUAAGAAGCUUGCACAGAGGAAGCAUUUCCCUUCUGUUAAUUGGCUUAUCUCCUACUCAAAAUACGCAGGGGCAUUGGAGUCUUUCUAUGAACAAUUUGAUCCAGAUUUUAUCAACAUCAGGACAAAGGCACGUGAAAUUCUGCAGCGAGAAGAUGAUUUGAAUGAAAUUGUUCAACUUGUAGGAAAGGACGCUUUAGCUGAAACAGAUAAGAUCACCUUAGAAACGGCUAAGCUUUUGAGGGAGGACUACCUUGCGCAGAAUGCAUUUAGUCCAUAUGACAAAUAUUGCCCUUUCUACAAGUCUGUUUGGAUGAUGCGCAAUAUUAUUCAUUUCUACAAUUUGGCCAAUCAGGCUGUUGAAAAAGGAGCUGGUAUGGAUGGUCAAAAGAUAACUUACACUCUAAUCAAACAUCGGUUGGGAGACCUCUUCUAUCGUCUAGUGUCUCAAAAGUUCGAGGAUCCAGCAGAAGGAGAGCCAGUUCUUGUGGAGAAAUUCAAAAAGCUUCACGAGGACUUGACAAAUGGUUUCCAUGCUCUUGAGGAUGAAACACGAUGAUUGAAAUUCGCAAGAACUAUGAGUUCUCGCAUAGAUUGUCGGAUUUUCGGGUGAGAAGAGUUUGAGUUAUCUUGUAUUUUUUUUUUUCGUCGCUGAUCCAAGAAACAAGGGGCGUUUUAGGUGUAUGUGACGCCAGUUUGCUAUGCAGAUAUUGCAGUUGUUUUAGUUGGGAUGUGUAGCUCUGAUAUGUAUUGUAUUUCAAUCUUUCCCUUGGUUGUGGAGAAUAAGAGAACAAAACAAACCCGAUUCCUUAUUUAUGUAUUUAUGCAAUAAGGCAUGUAUGAGUUGCUAUAAAGUGCUUUAAAAGGACUCUACAUAUUUAUCUUCA